AUGAACAGAAGUGGUAGCAGUAUCGUGAAGAAGCACCUGAACAGUAGAAUAGUCGAGAAUACGACUGCUAUUCUGGGAGAUGGUGCCACCAAUGCUGAAGACGAGCUUGGACAUGACUUCAAGCAAAGACUUAAAAAAACUUUGUCACAUGAAAAAACGGACAAGACCAGGAGAGACUACCGCAAUCGAAUUCUAAGAAUGACAAAGUAUUUUCAACAGAAGUGCUUCAGAUACUUUGAAGCUGGUGUUCACAAAAACACAUCUGCAGAAAUGAAUGAUCCUGCAAUGUACUUUUAUGAUAAGUACGAGUAUGAUCUUAUUUAUGCAGGUCUAAACGUAGAUUAUGUUCUCAAGUUUCUCAUGGAUCAAGAGAGAACUGCAGCAGGCAAUCUGCGCACCAAGGCAGAUAUGCAAAAGUUUCGAGAUGCUAUCAAGUGGGGUGCCCAAAUCCGUGGCGAAGCACUGUCCCAAGAGUGCUGGGACAAAUUGGAUCUUUAUCUUUUCUCCUACAAGCGACAGGUUGCAGCUGGGAAGGGGAAUGGGGAUGUCCAAACAAAGGAGGCAGACCCAAUCACAAAAGAGCUUUACAUGUUAAUUUGCAAGUGGGCGUCUGAAGAUGGCAAUACAAUGGUAGACUUUUGGACAAAGACCCAGUGGAACUGCAUGAGCCGUUGUGGCAACAUUGACUACCUUGGAUUCAGCAACUUCAGAAUUGUUUUGGAUGCACAUGCUGUUACACAUGACACUACAAAAAAGGAUAAAGAUGGCGAUAGAUGUUUUGCUAAACACAUUUAUGCAAAUCAUGAGUAUCACUAUUUGUGCCAGUGGACAGCCAUGGGUAACUACUGUGCCUUGUACAAAAACGAGCUUGGACAAACUCAGAAACUUUUCAUGUGGAAUACCAAGGACGGCAGUGCUGCAAAGAAAUAUCAAGAACAGCUGAAAGCUCUUGUGAAUAAAACUGAGGAAAGGAGAAACAUUGUUAGUUCUCACUGUCGAAAAGGGCACUUCAAUGCUUACGGUUUGCGGAAAGGAGCCGCAAGCUAUGCAAGCUCAGGAACCACAUGUGCCCCGUCCCUUUCUUCUAUUGCACACCGUGGUGAUUGGUCAAUGGGCUCCGUCUUUGACAUAUACUGGAGAUUUUUGCCAGUUGGCGAUCAUUACUUGGGCCAGAUACUAUCAGGAAAGGACCCAAUGAAACCAUCAUUCAAGACCUUACCUCCACAUUGGAAAAUGGCAAAUCCGAUGGGCCACCCACUGAUCCGCGAAGUCAUGAACGCCAACUUUGGUCCCAUCUUAAAAACACAUAGUGAAGCGGACUAUGAUCCUACAGGUUUGUUGUUGCGUUGCCUAGCAUGCAUGGUAUGGCAUGCCAAGUCGUUCCAGGAGUACAUUGCCCAUAACCCAAGCAACGAACUUGUCAAGGUUCCAUUCUACAACAUGAGAGGAUCAGAAAUUGACGCAUUGCAACAGCUUAUCACUGUUGAACCAACUCCCGAUGUCAUGACCACUGUUACUGGCGUCCCGCCACACAUUGAAACAACUUGCCAAAUGAAGGCAAUUCAUGACAACUUAAUACAGUUACUUGCACAAACAAGAAUCAGUGAGGACAACCAGAAGCAGCGCGACGAGCAAUUGAAGGCAGACCUUGUUGCGGCUGUUCACCAUGGAAUAGAGCAGAAUGCAAUUUCGAACGGCAACAUUACUGCAAAAGGUAUCAAUGACAUCAUUCAAAAGCACCAAGACGCAACAAAUAAACAACUUACCGAACAUUUGCAAGCAAUGCUUAGGAGCCUGCCUCCUCAGUUCCAAGGUGGUCAGCCAGCUCAGAUUCCGCCACCUGGAAAUCAAGUUCAGCAAGGGGGUGGAUUGUUGCUUCAAAAGCCUGAUCAAGGAAAAUACUUUUACACCGAAAGGUUCUGGUCCGUUCCGGAAGACUUUGAGUUCCCUCCAAAGCCAAACCUUCCCCAAGCGCUUCGAUGCUGGCUCAAGGGUAUAAGGUAUGGCAACAAUUAUGUGAAACCAUUUCGCCAGCUACGACCAAAGGACCUCCCAACCACAGCACUCCAGUCACAGAUGCGAGUUGAAUGGCAGAAAUUUUUCAAGUAUCUCGAGAACAAUGGGUUAGAAAUGCCUAGUAACACGAGCGAAGAAGUGACUGAAGCACAAUUGGAACGUACUACCGAUGAGAUGUGGGACCUUUUGGAAAAAAAGGUUUCCUAUGCAUUCACAAGAAAGAAUGCAAAAAGCCACUGUCUUUCUACUUUCGCAAGGAAGGUAUCGCCGUCAGAAAUUGUUAAGAAUGGAAAUCCGUCAGAUAAAACUUACUUGGAAUCGAGGCAGAAGGCAAAACCUGCCGCACGACAGUAUAAAAAUCGAGUCCGACCGCUGGCUAAAAAUCCAAAGUACCUCAGAAGAGGAAAGCAAAAGACAACAGCAAAUGCAACGAAUCCAGCAAGAUUGCAACAGGCAACAAUUCAUGCAGGAGCGGGUAUCUUGCUUGAGCCGAUAGACCACUCACCUCGUGUCUUGAAUUCGACUCGAUAUUCAAUUGAAGCAAAUGCAGAACAGGAUCGAAUGAUGGAAGAGUAUGGUGUUGGUCGUGGUCCAACUGGGCCUCCAGCUGUUGCCAUCGGACAUCACGACCAAACAUCACCCACAUAUCUUCAAGAACUCAUUGACAGAUUUGGAAUCAGGCAUCCAUAUCCGCCAAUAUCAGUUCCAGGACCACUAGGACCAUGUGCUUGUGCCGGUUGCUCCAAAGAGUUGGAACUUGGGCGACACCGAUGUGCCCGAUGCAACAUCGUCAUUCACAAUAACUGUGCGAUGGAUCGAAAUUGGUACAUGCAAAAGAAUGGUGAGGAAAUGUGUUUUUGUAGUGAUCAGUGCAAAAAGAAUCUUCCCGGUGGAAGAUACUUGUAG